GGUCGCUCCGUGUUCAACUCGCGUUUCAGCGAAAUUAUACAGAGAAUUUUCGUCGCCAGCAGCCAUUCGUGAAAUUGAACUUUUGGUUCUUUAGUUCCAAGUAUUUUGAUACUGCCACUUCGAUCGAUUUACUCCAGUUUGUUUGAUUUGAUUUGUUGAAAGGCUCAGAUUUGCUGUGAAUUUCACCGUAUUCGUCUCGAUUUUAAGGGAUUUGGGAAUUGAUUUGGUAAUCGUGCAAGUUGAAAAUUGAAAUCGAAGUUGGAGAGAUUUGAUAUAUCGAUUUUGGGUUCGGAGGAGAAAAGGUUUGGUUUUUGUUGAUUUAGUGAAGAGCGAUGUUAACGUUAACUGUUAGGUUUAUGAUGUAAUAUGGCAUUGGCUUUCUCACCACACUCAUAUCAUGUCGCUUUACAUAGGUCGCGAGGCUUCCAAGCUAUGGAAAAGAAUUUGUGCAGAAACUGCAACAGAAAUCAAUCUUCUUCUGGAGAAUUGGAAGUAUAUUCUUGGCGGUUUAAUUUGCCAGUACAUUCAUGGCCUGGCAGCUCGAGGAGUUCAUUAUUUUCAUCGUCCAGGACCAAUUCUUCAAGACGCUGGGUUCUUUCUGCUUCCUGAACUUGGGCAGGAGAGAGCAUACGUCAGUGAGACCGUAUUCACUUUUGUCUUUCUAUCCUUUGUCUUGUGGACCUUCCAUCCUUUCAUAUUCAAGAGCAAAAAGAUCUACACAGUCUUAAUAUGGUGCAGAGUCCUCGCGUUUUUAUUUGCUUGUCAAAUUCUUCGUAUCAUUACCUUCUAUUCAACUCAACUGCCUGGUCCAAACUACCAUUGCCGUGAGGGUUCACGGCUUGCAACAUUACCUCGUCCAGAUAAUGCUCUUGAAGUUUUAUUAAUCCUUCCUCGGGGCGUUCUUUAUGGUUGUGGUGAUCUGAUAUUUUCAUCUCAUAUGAUCUUUACUCUAGUAUUUGUUCGGACAUAUCAAAAAUAUGGUACUCGGAGAUUUAUAAAGCAGUGUGCCUGGCUGAUUGCUGUGGUUCAGAGUUUAUUGAUAAUUGCAUCUCGAAAGCAUUAUACAGUUGAUGUAAUUGUGGCCUGGUACACAGUUAAUUUGGUUGUGUUCUUUGUUGAUCACAAGUUGGCAGAGAUGCCUGAUCGCAGUCUAGGUGCACUUCUGAUACCGUUGAGCAAAGAUGGCAGGAUGAAAGAAGAAGGCACUAAACUUUUAAAUGGCAACUCCGGUGAUCCUAUAGAUCGGAGGUCAAGAAUUCAAGCGAAUGGGAAGGUGAACGAAGAUAGCGACAACGUACAUGUUGACGUAUUGGAUGGUGCAUAGUUGAUGAAAUCUCGAUAUUUACCUCUGGAAAAUCGAAGACCGCUAAACCCUAGUUUGUGUAUCUAAAGUAAGAAACUUUCAAUUGGGUGGUUAAGUUUUUCAUUGACAGAGGGUCUUGUUGCUGUCUGUAUUCAUUUGAUUUUGAUUUUAGAUCAAGUUGUAUUAUGGACUUCCAACUUUCUUUUAUUACUACCAUUUUUCAUUUUCCAA